UUUACUUUUUUUCUUCUUUUUCUGCUUCAUUUUAUCGUUGUUGUUGCCCUCUCUCUUGCACACUCGAAUGCCUCAGUGUUGCGAGCGGAUAUUCGCGAGAUCCACCUUGUCGACAACAAUUCUGGCCUGCGUCUGACGCUUGGUGGUCGGACAAAACCGUUCAAACUGAUCCGGAGAAACGGCUAUCCCACCGUUGAGACCGUCGACACCGUCGAGAAUGGCACCCACCCUCGGGACACAUACUCGCGGCCGGUGGCAGCUGUCCAAACGGCCGAGCAGAAGGCCGGUGUGGAGGACGGUGCAAAGGAGUGGGAGAAUGAGCGACAAUUGCGACGUCGUUGGCUGCGAAAGCAACGACGUCAACGACUUUCAGAGAUGGUACCGCCGUCGUCUCGACAACAGACGACUUCGGAAGCUGGUGGCAGGCUGAACAAGCGCAGUUCGUAUCCCGGCAGGGCGUUCGACAGGUCGGGCGAUCUGGAGCAUUCAGCUCUGGAAGGCUCCCGAGGCAAGCGUCACCAACGACGACAGCCGAGGACAAACCAACAUAAACGGCUACUCCGAAGAAAUUCUCGCAUCUACGAAAUGGAUGGUCUUCAAGAAUUGCUGCUCACCUGCUCAAGUUGUCCGGGCAUACUGCCUGUGGUAAACGGUCGUCUUGGAAUAGAGGGCAAAGCCAAUCGUUGGCUGGUCAUGGGCAGACGGAUCAGGAACAGUCGAAGCCAAAUGCCAAAUGGACAAGUUCAGGUUGGCAACUCGAACGAGCGGGUUUUGUAUGUUGAUAGUGUAGUCGGGUAG